AUGGCUGAGACUACCGGAAAAGCUGCUAUCGCCUGGGAAGCGGGCAAAGACCUGUCGAUCGAAGACAUAGAGGUCGCACCACCGAAAGCCCACGAAGUUCGGAUUGAGAUCUAUUAUACUGGUGUCUGUCACACUGACGCAUACACACUCUCCGGCAAAGACCCCGAAGGCGCUUUUCCAAUCGUGCUCGGCCAUGAAGGCGCUGGGAUCGUCGAAUCGGUGGGCGAGGGUGUAGAGAACGUCAAGGUUGGUGAUAAUGUUGUUGCGCUUUAUACCCCAGAAUGUCGCGAGUGCAAGUUCUGCAAGUCUGGAAAGACGAAUCUCUGCGGCAAGAUUCGCGCCACUCAGGGUAAGGGUGUCAUGCCAGAUGGGACCUCGCGCUUCAAAUGCAAGGGCAAGGAUCUGCUGCACUUCAUGGGAACGUCCACCUUUUCACAAUACACUGUCGUCGCCGACAUCUCUGUUGUAGCCAUCACCUCUAAGGCGCCUAUGGACCGCACAUGUCUCCUGGGUUGCGGUAUCACCACCGGUUACGGCGCUGCAGUCGUGACCGCGAAUGUGGAGAAAGGGUCCAAUGUUGCCGUCUUUGGCGCAGGAUGUGUGGGCUUGAGUGUCAUCCAAGGCGCAGUACAGAAGGGCGCAGAGAAGAUCAUCGUGGUAGACGUGAAUGAUAGUAAAGAAGAAUGGGGAAAGAAGUUUGGGGGAACGGAAUUCAUCAAUCCAACGAAGCUUGGAGGCGUCAGCAUCCAGGAAAAGUUGCAGGAGGUCACGGAUGGCGGGUGCGAUUAUACCUUUGAUUGUACGGGGAAUGUGGGUGUCAUGAGAGCGGCGCUCGAAGCUUGUCAUAAGGGUUGGGGACAGAGCAUCAUCAUUGGCGUUGCGGCAGCGGGGCAGGAAAUCAGCACGAGACCUUUCCAAUUAGUGACUGGACGAGUCUGGAAAGGAUGUGCUUUUGGGGGCAUCAAAGGACGCACUCAAUUACCGGAUCUGGUCGAUGACUAUCUUAAUGGAAAGUUGAAGGUCGAUGAGUUCAUCACGCAUAGACAGCCAUUGGGCGGCAUCAAUACUGCAUUCCAGGAUAUGAAGUCGGGCGAUUGUAUUAGGUGUGUGGUUGAUAUGAGGAAAGUAUAA